AUGGUGGUUCGGGAAGUCCAACAUGUCGAAUCACCUACUUCUUCCAUGACCUCGACUGUGCAAGACAAUGUCCAGAUCACCAACAAUUCAAACACUCCCCAUGAUUUCCACAUCGACCCUCCGCCUCAAACCAUGGCGACGGAAAUCACUCUCGCCGCCCUCGCUACACUACCUACCCCCCUUCUGGUCCUCUCAUCCUCAAAGACCGUCAUCUUGGCCAACAAUGCCAUAGGCAAGCUACUCGGACUCGCCCAACCUGACUCUCAGUCCACCGUCACCGACCUGCUUCGAAAUCAGACCUUGUCUCAGAUUGGUAUUGACAUGGUUUCAGAUGGCGUACCAGUCUGGGUCAGCUGGGAUAAAUUUCUGGAAAAUGUUGCCAGCGGCUUCAAACAUGACCCCGAGGAGGACGCCGCCUCGGGCGAUCUUCUUCCAGACGUUGGGAGCGGCGAAACUACUCCAACCGCGACCCAUGAACAGAGAAGAGGACGAUCUUCCAACAGAAGCAGAACCUCCAAAACUGAUGACACGGUUGUCGAUAUCGUUUUCUCCUCCAAGCCCACACCAGCCUUGCCGCGCUCUCAUCCUCAUGAACAGCCCAAGACUCGAAACUCCCAAUUAAGAGCCUCUUGCCGCAUGAUUAUCUCCAUCUGGUUCUUGAAUUCAGAACGCUUCUACACCCUCACUUUCACCAGUGCCUCCAAUGCUACUCGUUCGUCCCACCAUGCACAUCCCAACCAUACUGCGUCUUCCCAGCGGACGACGUCAUCUCAUUCCUCCAGAUCUUCUCACUCCUCCCAGUCUCAAACUCCCGCAUCAUCCACCUCUAAUUCCCAAACCAACUCUCCUGCCGAAGAUGCCGUAGGUGGUACUUUUCUGCCCGCUGGCUCGCCAGCCGCAUGCUUACCCCCACCAACUGUUGGCGACUUCCAAAAAAUCGUGAAGAUGAAGAAUGCAAUGCUGAAUGCAAUUGAUAUCCCGCUUGUCACCGUCUGGCGGGACCAGAGUGUGGUAUUUCCAAAUCAAGCUGCUAGGAAACUCUUGGCUGUGGAGGCCGAUCCUACCUCCGAUAUCAGCUAUGAUUUCCGCUCCCGAUUCAGCCCCUGGACCACCGACUUUUCACGAGAACUCAGUGAGGAGGAAAAUCCCAUCAUUGCUCUCUGUCGCUCUCAGAAACCCUUUUCUUCAUGGAAAGUGGGUCUAAUCAAUGACAAGACUGCCAAAAGAUCGACCUUCGAUGUCAGUGGCCAUCCUGUUUUUGAUGAAAAGUCGGGCGACUUUUUGGGUGGUCUGAUGGUUUUUCGGGAUGUUACCGAGUAUGCAGAAAAGAUUGCCUCCCAAUCGGCGGAAAACGAGGAGCGUUUCCGUCUCAUCUGUGACACCAUGCCACAAAUGUUUUGGACCACAACCCCUGAAGGCUACCAUGAUUACUUCUCACAACGAUGGUAUGAUUACACUGGCUUGACACCUGGUGAUAGUCUUGGGUUGGGUUGGAAAUUGCCAUUCCAUGAAGAGGACAUGCCAGAAACCGGCCGGAGGUGGCAACAUUCUCUAGCCACCGGAGACGAGUACAAGACACAGUAUCGAUGCAGGAGAUAUGACGGUGAGUGGAGAUGGAUGCUGGGCCGCGCUUUGCCUUUGAAGGAUCACAGAACCGGGAAGAUCUUGAAAUGGUAUGGCAGUUGCACUGAUAUUCAAGACAUUAUUGAUGCGAAACUGGCGGGACACGAAGCUCGUCGGAAUCUGCUUGAUGUCCUGAGGCAUUCUCAGAUGAGUUUGUGGAGCAUCAACCAGGAAAAACAAGUAACUUUCUUCGAAGGUGACUUCCUCGACAGUGAAAACAGACCUGCUGAAAUCAUCGGAGCAUCAAUAUAUGACCUCUGGGCUGACUUCCUCGACCAUAAAAGUCUUGUUGAGUUCCAAAAGGCCACACAGGCUAUCUUAUCCGGAGCAUCUGAUCUAGAAGUCUUUGAGAACAAGGCCAAUGAUCGCUGGUUUCGAUCUAAACUAGUACCUCUAAAGGGCAAAAGGGGUGCCAAUGGCGUCGAAGACGAUAAUAUCAUCACGGGUGUUAUUGGUAUCGGCACCGAAGUCACUGGUCUUCGCCGAAGAGAACAGGAGAAUAUCAAGCUCCUUGCCAAUGAAACUGCAGCAAAAGCCGCCAGUAAGAUGAAGAGUAAUUUUUUGGCCAACAUGAGCCAUGAGAUUCGCACCCCUAUCGCCGGGGUUUUGGGCAUGUCAGAACUGCUGAUGGACACACCGCUCGACGCCGAGCAAAGUGAAUUUGCCCAAAACAUCCAACGGUCUGCGAACUCUCUUCUGACAGUCAUCAACGACAUUCUUGAUUUUUCAAAAAUUGAAUCCGGUCGCCUCGAUAUAGAGGAAGUCCAGUUCAGUUUGUCCAUUCUAUUGGAGGAUGUCAACAAGAUGCUCUCUUUUGCCGCUCAGCGCAAGGGCCUGGAAUUCUGUACUGAUUUCCAUUUGCGAUCGUCAGAUGAAGUUGUAUUGCUUGGUGAUCCAGGUCGAUUACGGCAGAUUUUGACCAACUUGUUGACCAACAGCAUAAAGUUCACUUCGGAUGGGUUUGUGAAGAUGUCUACCCGAAUAUUGAGUGAUUCAAAUGAUACUACAGUCAUCGAGUUCACCAUAGAAGAUACUGGUAUAGGGAUCGAAGAGGAAGUCAAGAAACGCCUCUUCAAACCUUUCAGUCAAGCAGACAGCAGCACGGCCCGAAGAUUCGGUGGAUCGGGUCUCGGGUUGACUAUCUGCAAAAAUCUUGUGGAUUUAAUGCACGGUUCUAUCAAACUGGAGUCGAGAUUGGACGCUGGAACCCAGGCGAUUUUCCAUAUACCAUUCAAGAAGCUAGAGUACCAGACGGGUUCCAACGCUGCGUUACUAGAAGUUGGCACUAUGCCUGACAGACUACAGUCCGAGCUGUCGCUAUCCAUCGAGGGGUCGGGAGAAGAAAAAAGAAAACAUCCCCGAAAAUCGCAACCCGUACAAAUUUCCGAGCACCAACAGUCCAAAUUGUCCUCUGGUCAGACUGCAGAACAACCGAUCAAUCGAGCCAACUAUCAUAUUCUUGUUGUUGAAGACAAUCCUGUUAAUCAGCAAAUUGCCAUCAAGUUUAUCAGCGCUCUUAAAUUUCGGGUGGGUGCCGUAUGGAAUGGUAAAGAAGCUUUGGAGUACCUCCUCAAGGCCACUUCUUCCGAACUGACAGAAGAACAAGCGAAGAGCUAUCCGAUUCCUUCUCUUAUUCUGAUGGAUGUACAAAUGCCUGUUCUUGAUGGUUACCAUGCGACACACAUGCUCCGUCAUCAUGCACCAUUCAUGGAUAUAAAAGCAAUCGAUGAAAUCCCGAUAGUCGCGAUGACAGCCUCCGCAAUACAGGGUGACAGGGAGAAAUGUGAAAGGGCGGGAAUGGAUGACUACAUGGCCAAGCCUGUUAAAAGAUCAACCCUUGAGCAAACCAUUCUGAAAUGGGUCACUCGUGGGAGGUCCCUCAAGAAAGUAGAUAACUCCAAGCCCUCACUUCAUCGAUCCGAAACAGACCACUCCUCCACCUGCACACAGCACGAAGCAAUUAUUGCUGCCGAAUACCUUGAAAGGUUCACACCAGCCGCCGCGGUUGGAACGACUGUGGGGCCUUCACAGGAUGCUACACAUACCGUCAGCAAUGCUCUUGCCAGAAGAUCGAGUGCUUCCAGAUCUUUGAUGACAUCGCAGAUCAUAGGCGGGGCCAAUGAAGGUGAACGUUCAAUGGGCAGGGCUAUUGCAGAAGACAAAGCAAGAAGUCUUCGCGACGCCAAACUGUACCAGGCUACCGAGGAAAAUCCCACCCGCGGGCCAUCUAUCACACUGGGGGACUCACACUCUCCACUUGCUUUCCAGCAAACCCCGCAACUUGAAACGGAUUUAUCACCAAACGCUUUGACAGUUGAGAAUGUGACAUAUUUCAACCUUGUACGAGACGCAGAUAACACAGAUAAGGGAUAUCUAGCUAAGCGGUUAUCCCCUAGUGUCGGCUCGAGCCAAGGAGCGAAUGCUUUAUCGGAUAUUCCAGGCCCUCCGCCAGCGGGGCUUCUGGCUGCCUUGGAUAUUGCAGGAUUUAACUCUAAUGCGGAGGCAAUCGUUCAGGCAGUACUUGAUGACGCUCGAAACUCGGAGAACUCUGAAGUUAUACGAUCGGGACUUGAACGAGAGUGA